UUUUUUUUUUUGAGAGAGAGAGAACGUGUUGUUCCUUAUGGCUGCUACCUUUUAUUCCCUGGUUUCCCCUUUCUUCAUCUUCUUUGUUUUCCCCAAUCUUUCUUGCUCAUGCCCACCGGCUGCAGUGUUUCCAUCAUGCGGCAAUGGUUCUAUUGAAGUAAGGUUUCCUUUCUACACAAACACCACCAAUCCUGAAUGCAGAGGGCAUCAUAUGGUCUUCUGUGAUGGCUCCACACCUCUAAUCCAAUUUCAUGGGUAUGAGCGCUGGUACGUCUUGAAAACAAUCGACUACACUCUUCGUUUCACCAUAGUUCAAGACCAAGAGUUCGGCAAUGGCUUGCGGAUACCCGACUGCAAUUUACGUUAUGAAUUUGAUCCUCCAAUUCCUCUAUCCGAGAAUUUGUUCCUUCCUCAGUUUGUCAGCCCGAACCAAUCAUUCUUCAAUUGCGAGCUGAGUGGUUAUAAUUCUUCUGCCGACAUCUUCGACGAAAUCUAUAAUCGUAGUCUUUGCAAAGAUUACCAGCUUCAAUUUUCCGAUAAAUUAGAGGAUGAAGGACCUGAUCAAGCUGAGUGUUGGACCAGUCCUAACCCAUUGUUUGAGUGGCAGCUUUCUUUCGGUGAAGAUGGUGAUGAUCUCUCUCUAACAUAUGCUAGUUACUCGCAUCAACGGGAUGGGAAUUUGGCUUGCUUCAAACAUGACACUGGAACAGAUUCCACGUGCCUAUGCAACAACGAAUGCGAAACUGGAGAAAAGGGGAAUCUGAAGAGGAAGCUUCUGAUAGGUUCAGCAGCAGUUACUGGUGGUCUUCUUCUGGCAUGCCUUCUAUCCUUUCUCUAUUUAUACCAGCAUGAAAAACUUCCCAACUCAAUCUUCUUUUGGAGGAAAAAAUCGAAUAAUUCACAGAAUAUUAAAGCUUUUCUGGAGGGAUAUGGAUCCCUUGCUCCCAAAAAAUACAGUUAUAAAGAUGUGAAAAGGAUCACCAGAAAAUUUCGUGAAAAAUUAGGACAAGGUGGUUAUGGCACUGUAUUCAAAGGAAGCUUCAUGGAUGGUCGUUUGGUUGCUGUAAAGAUCUUAUCCGACUCCAAGGGUGAUGGAGAGGAAUUUAUCAAUGAGGUUGCAAGCAUCGGUAGGACCUCUCAUGUUAACAUUGUUAGGCUGCUGGGCUUUUGUUCAGAGGGGUCCCAAAGAGCUCUUAUUUAUGAAUACAUGCCUAAUGGUUCCCUAGAUAAGUACAUAUAUUCAGAGACAUCAAUUCUUGGAUUGGAGAUAUUAUACCAAAUAGCAAUUGGUGUAGCCCAAGGUUUAGAAUACCUCCAUCGUGGGUGCAACACACGUAUAGUACAUUUCGAUAUUAAACCUCACAAUAUCCUACUAGACCAGGAAUUUUGUCCGAAGAUAUCUGAUUUUGGGUUGGCUAAGUUAUGCCCGCCAAAAAUUAGUAUACUUUCCAUGGCAGAUCCCAGAGGAACAAUCGGCUUUAUUGCCCCAGAAGUCUUCUCAAGAAAUUUUGGCGUUGUCUCUAGUAAAUCUGAUGUAUAUAGCUAUGGAAUGAUGGUAUUGGAAAUGGUUGGUGGAAGAAAGAACCUAGAUGUUGGAGCUGGGAAAACUAGUGAAAUUUAUUUUCCACAUUGGAUUUAUAAGCAUAUCGAGCGAGAUGGAGAUUUGCAUGCUUAUGGUGCAACGGUGGAAACUGAAGAAAUUGUAAGAAAGAUGAUAUUAGUUGGACUAUGGUGCAUACAAACAAAGCCAGAAACCCGACCUUCAAUGAGCAAGGUGGUAGAUAUGUUGCAGGGAAGCCUAAGUGACUUACAAAUGCCUCCAACUCCGGUUCUAACCUCUCCUCAAGUACUAUCUUCUCCUCAAGGAUUACUGAUUGAUUCAUCAGCAGAAACGACUCCCUGAGUUUUUUGAUACCUGUGGGAAGUAUGAAUUUUCUUUGGGUGUAGCAAACAACAUAUGAUUCGACUUACAAUAAAAAAAAUAUGGAAGGUUGACUGAAAUCAUUCACUUUUAUACUUUUAGAGAUUGUUUAUUUAUGUACUUCCUUCAACUGUCAUUCUUACAGUAAUUAAGCAUUGCAUUCUCUCCGUGCUUUCUCAAAAAAUAACUCUCUGCAUGUGGGUAUGCAGACUUUAAAUAACAAACCAGCAAUGCAAAUUGAUUGACAAAACAAGCAAGGAUUACUUGGUCAUGCAUAGAUUGUGGUGAAAGUAUGUAUUUUGCUGUAGAGCGUGAUCUUUGUAUGUUACCAAGUGUUUAGAUACUGACAGAGAAAUGGGAGAAGAUAUUUUUCUG